AUGCAAUUCUUUACUGAAGUGUAUAGGGAAAAAUUACCUGAUUAUAAUAUUACUGGUAUUGUUUUUGAACAUAACGAGACUAAAGCCAAAGUUAUUAAAAUAUUAUCUGAUGACAAAAACAAAUCAUUUUCUAUUUCUUUUAAAACACCACCUACUAACAAUAAAGGAAUUCCUCAUAUUAUUGAACAUAGUUGUUUAAGUGGAAGUGACCAUUACACUACAAAAGAACCAUUUGCUGAUCUUUUAAGAGGAAGUUUACAAAAUUUCUUAAAUGCAAUUACAUUCCCUGACCAUACAAUGUAUCCUAUUGCAACAACUAAUGAAACUGAUUACAAGAAUUUAAUGAAAGUAUAUCUUGACGCUGUAUUCUUACCACGUGUUAGAAAUGAUAUUUAUCCAUUUUACCAAGAAGGUAGAAGGUGGGAAAAGAAUGAAGACGGUGAACUUGGAUUUAAUGGUAUUGUUUAUAAUGAGAUGAAGGAAAGCGAAACAAAUCCAGUAACUUUAGCCGAUAGAGUUAUUUCUCAAAAACUUUAUGAUGGUACAUAUAUAUAUGAAUCUGGAGGUAUUCCUAAAGAUAUUGAAACAUUAACAUAUGAUGAAUUCUUAAAAUUUUAUAAAGAACAUUAUCACCCAUCAAAUUCAUUAACUGUUUUAUACUCUCCAUUAACAUUGAUUGAUGAUGAACUUACUCUUUUGAAUGAAUAUUUCCAUGGAAAAGGAUUUAAAACCCCAUCACAUGUCAGUGAUAAAGAUACAAAUAUUUCUGGUACAGUUGAAACUAUUCAAUACCCAAUUGACCUUGAAGAAAGUGAUGAAAAGAAAGAUGUAUUUGUUUAUGCUUGGAAAAUUAGUAAUUGUAAUCCUGAAGUUCAAUUUGCAUUAAACAUUAUUCAACAAUUAUUAGUCACAGUUGAAGGAGCUCCUUUGAAUGAAAAAUUGAAAGAACUUGGAAUUGCAAAGAAUGUUAUUGGGCAAUUUGAAAUUGAUUAUCAAACUCCAUAUUUUUCUGUUGUUGCUAAAAAUGCAGAUCCAUCUAAAUUAGAUCAAUUUAAACAAGUUGUUAAUGAAGAAUUACAAAAAAUUGUAAAAGAUGGUUUUGAUAAACAAAGAGCUAUUGGAAUAUUAAAUAAGCAUGAGUUUGAUUUAAAAGAGUGCACAUUUGGAGGUUAUCCAAAAGGACUCGUUUAUGCAAUGUUAUGUGCUUAUGCCCAUGCCCAUGACGAUACAGACUUAUUCCGUAGUCUUAGAGUAAAUUGGAUAAUUACUAAAGUUAGAGAAGGAUUGAAAAAUCAUUAUUUAGAGGAUAUAGUUCAAAAAUAUUUGAUUGAAAAUGAUAGACAUAUUGUUGUACGUUGUGUCCCAACAAAAGGAUUAACUGAGACAUGGGAAAAAGAAAGUAGAGAACGACAUUCUGAAAUGAGUAAAGACUUUGAUGAAAAAGCAAUCAAAGAAAUAGAAAAUACUUGUGCUGAGUUAAAACGUAGACAACAAGCAGAAGAUACUCCGGAACAAAUUGCUACCAUCCCUCAUUUAAGACUGAGUGACAUUGAUAAAAAAGGACAAGACUUUUCUCUUGAAGAAGUUAAAAAUUCAAUUAAAACAUAUAGAAAGGUUGAUGUAACUAAUGGAAUUGUAUAUUUUAAGUAUUUCUUUGACUUAAGUGAUUUAACACUUGAACAAUUAAGAGUUGCUGAUUUCUUAGCAUCUGUUAUUAAAUCAUUUAAUACAAAACAACAUAAUUAUCUAACUCUUGGAUCAUUAAUUGAUAUUAACUUUGGUAAAUUAACAUUUGAAGUAGAAACUCAUGUCGAUUCUCAUUUAGGUACUACAACUGAAGAUAUCAAUCAUGUUAAACCAUAUUUCUUAAUUUCAGGUAAAGUAUUAAAUGGUUAUAUUACUGAUGGUAUACAAAUACUUGUUGAAAUUUUGAAUGACAUUCAAUUUGAUGUUAAAAUAUUACAAAAGAAAUUAUCUGAAUUUAUUGUACGUUCUGAAGACAUUAUUAAGAAUGCUUCUUAUUAUCCACUGUCAAGUAGAAUAAAGUCAUAUCUUUCUAAACAAGGAGUAGUUGAAGAAUACUUAAAUGGAAUUACUUCCUAUUUAGAAGAUGUUAAGUUAAGAAAUAAUUUUGAAAAAGAAGGACUUUCAUUCCUUCAUUCUCUUGAAGAAAUGUAUCAUACAAUUUUCAGUACUGAUCGUUGUACUUUGUUUUAUUGUUCUGAAGAAAAUACUAAAGAAGAUGUUUUAAAACAAUUAACUUCCCUCCAAGCAGUUUUUCAUGGAAAAGAAAUGGGAAAAACUCAAGAAUAUCCAAGUCCAGUGGUUAAAAAUGAGGCUCUUCAAGUUCCAGUUAAAGUAAAUUAUGUCGGUAAAGGAUUUAAUUUUGCCUCUAUGGGAGUAACUUUUAAUGGAGCAUUUAAAGCAUUAUUAGAAAUUAUUGAAAAAGAAUACUUAUGGAAUAAGGUUAGAGUUGAAGGUGGUGCUUAUGGAAGUUGGAUGACUUAUUCAUAUAGUGGAAAUGCUAUUUUCACUUCAUAUCGUGAUCCUCAUUUAUAUGAAACCCUUAUAACAUACGAUAAAGUUGCAGAUUAUUUAGAAAAUAUGAAGUUUACACAAGAAGAAAUUGAAAAUUAUCUUAUUGGUAUUUUUGCUGAUAUUGAUGCUCCAAAGACUGUUUCAGGAUUCUUUAACACAUGUUGUAAUUCUUAUUUGAACAAUACCCUUGGAAGUUCUCAAGUAAUUCGUGAACAAUUAUUCCAAGUUAAUCUUGAAAGUUUAAAAGAACAAUCCUCUAUUAUUAUUAAUGGGUUAAAGAAGAAUAUUAUUUGCACUAUUUCUCCACAAGAAGCAAUAAAGAGACAAAAUGGAGUCUUUUCAGAGAAAGUAUGUGUCUUUGAAAAACUUUAA